GACGUUACCUAGCUACUAGCAGCGUCGUCUGUUUGUGCGCACUGGCGACCUGCCGUAGUUUCCGGGGGUUUUAGUAUUUGUCAAGCGAAAUGGGUAGAGUAGGACGUCUGACCCGUAUACAACAGAAACGUUAAAACCUGUGCGCCGCAGUUCGACAGGUUCUCUGUUGGGGAAGGCUGCCAUGUUCACCUCUAGUGAACUGGAAGGGGAAGUGGACCACUCCUUUUUUGACAGUGAUGGGGAAAGUGGAAGAAAUGUUGGAGAGAAACGAGAGAAGGACUCGAAGAUGAAAAAGCGAAUUUCAAGCACACUUCAGAGAGAAUCUGUAAAACACUCCGGACAUCUCGCUGAGAAGACAAAGAGAGACUUGAAGGAAGUGGAAAACAACAAAACUGAUGCAUCAUCGAUUUCUUUCAUACCGGAUGAACCUAUACAUGAAGGCAAAGAUGAGUUAAAUCUGCACUCUGAAAGAGCCAGUGGAGUAUUUCCGACUAUGCUGGCCGACAUUCCAAAUGAUGGGGACUACAAGGGGCGGAAUGACACAAGAAAAAGUGCCUUAGCUUUCCCAGCUAACUCAAAAGAGGCAAAUGAGCAAUCGCCUGGAAAACUGGUCAAAAAUCAGCAUCCCAAAAAUUCUCCUCCCACUUCAAAUGAGGCUAGCACCGACGCAGAUUCAGAGAGUUCUUUCAGCAGUCAGAGAGGUAUUUUAAACUCCUCUAACCUUUCCAAACCCACCAAGUCUUUUGUACGCCGUAAAACAAGAGGGACCAGACGAGGCUCAGCUGAAUCUCAGGAUUUGCCUAACAUGAGCACAGAUGAGUCAGAUGGCUCAGUGACAGACGUGAGUCCCCUCUCUUCUCCUGACUCUGGUUCACUCCAGUCAUUAAGUUCAGAGGCUGUGAAAGAAGGUCAUGAAGCGCAGCGGGAGCCGAAAACUCUGCCCUCCGGUGCCUUCAGCAACCUUCAUGAAGCGGUGGACUCAAAUCCCGAUGUGAAUGAGUGUUCAUCUGGAUUAGAAAGCCAUCUUGAACAAAAAAUGGUGCUCCAGAUUUCUAGAGGGGUUGUUCGGAAGAACUACUCAUUUUCCAACGAUGAGGUCCGUCGCAUUGAUUUUGAGAACAAGCGGCUCCUUCAGGCACUGUCAAAUAUUUCAUCAGGGUCCAAAGCAGAAAAAUGUUCAAAAAAGAGCACUUCUGUGGCCAAAGGCUCUUCAGUGGGUUUUUACGCACAUAGUGCACAAAACAGGGACCGACAACAGCGCCGCAUUCAGCAGGAGAACCUGGUUUUCCUAAAGAGACUGCAGUCCACCCCAGCCUCACCUGGAAUGAGUCGCAUCGAACAACUAACAGAUCACCAGCGGCUGAUCGCAAUGCCCAGCUACAGGUCCUAUAGUGGGGGGUCCAGCAGACUAUCGUGUACGAUGAUAAGAUCCAGGCCAAUCAUCUCCAGUGCAACUCUCAUCAACACCUACACCACAAGGACAUCUGUUCCUGGGUCAAAUACACGAAGUACUAGCAGUCCAGGCUGGCGUUAAGAACUCUGCUAAUAAAGAGCAAUUUAUUUGCUUAAUAGCAGAUGACCGUCACUUUUUGAUGUUGAUUAAUUUGUACAGUGCAAAGCUUAGAACAUAUUUAUGCUUUUAUUGUUAUUCCAUGUAAUUUACUCGUGCUGCUCUCUUAGUUUUCUGCUCUUCAACUAUUUAGCAGUUUAUGUUUUGAUAUCAAAGCCAUUUGUAAACUAUACUUAUUUUAACCCUUUAAUUCAGUCAGAAUUAUUGGCUUUAAAAUGUUAAUUGAUGCUGUGGUUUGAUAUUGUCUGCAGAGUAAUUUUUAAACAAAAAAGUGCAAAUAUGUUUUGUAUUUGUUACUGUUUACACAUGUGUGUGAUUUGUGAUCUAAUAAAAUGUUGUUUUAAACCAGAAAAAAAAGGAAUUGCGUAUUAAUUUUUGGUUUAUCCUGUUGAAGAAAAGAUGUCAGUAAUUUUAUUGCAGAAAAGGCCAUAACACUGGAGAGUCGCAGAGCAGUUACGUUUUCUAAUUUUCGUGAUGCAGUCCAUUUUAAAGAUAUUCACGCUCCUUGAACAUUACAAACCUCAAUGUGUUUUAAUUGUAUGUAGUAGACCAACACAAAGUAACAUGAUUCAUGAGUUCACAAAUGCUUUACAAAUAAAAAUCUGAAAAGAGCGGCAUGCAUAGUUAUAGACCCCUCUACUCUGAUACCUUCAAUGUAAAAUCAAUUGCUUUCGGAAAUCACCUGUCAUGUAAUCUUAUGUCUUUAUCGUCAGGAAGACUGAGAACCACAUGACACGUCAGAGAAAAAGUUAUGGAGAAAUUUAAAGCAUAAGCUAUGAAAUAAUAUCCCUACCUUUAGAGAUCCCAUGGAGUACUGCUCAGUCGAUGAUUUAGCAUGAUGAUGAAAUAGCCGAUAAGCUUUGAUAUGUGAGGUGGUGACACGUUUUAGACUUCCCAACAAUGUUGUCAUGGUCUAUCACACAAAUUGUACAUAAAGUGGGAAUUGCAAAAAAAAAAA